UGCGGCAUCACAACAAACAUGGCGGCGGGAGGCGGCUAGCCGAGGAGACGCGCAGGGCAUUUCUUCCGGCCGUCAGACAGACAUCAAGGCACCGUGUUCCGCUCGGCAGUGGACGGAGUUUCUGCGUGGGCUUCGGGAUGGACGCGGCUUGUUUCCCAGAGGAGGUUUCGGAGAGGAAAGUGUGUGUUGUCGGCUCGGAGCUGGUGGAGAGCUACACGGUUUACAUCAUCGAGGUGACGGAUGGCGAGCACAGAUGGACCGUGAAGCACCGAUACAGCGACUUCCACGAGCUGCACGAGAAGCUGUCAGCAGAGAAGAAGGUGGAGCGGCGGCUGCUGCCUCCUAAGAAGAUGUUGGGGAAGAACUCUCGCUCUCUGGUGGAGCGGCGGCAGAAGGAGCUGGAGCUCUACCUGCAGACGCUGCUGCAGCACCUGCCUCAGGCCACGCCCCCUCCGCUGGCCAGCUUCCUGCACCUGCACCUCUACGAGAUCAACGGCAUCACGGCGGCGCUGGCGGAGGAGCUGUUCCACAAAGGUGAGCAGCUGCUGGUGGCAGGUGAGGUGUUCUCCCUGCGGCCGCUGCAGCUCUUCUCGGUGACGCAGCAGCUUCGUCAGGCCAAGCCCACCUGCUGCAGCGGGGACGCCAAGACCGACCUGGGACACAUCCUGGACUUCACCUGCAGGCUGCGCUACCUCAAGGUGUCGGGCAGCAGGGGUCCGGUCGGGACCAGCAACAUCGAGGAGAGCAGCCUGCCCUUCGACCUGUCUGUCUUCAAGUCUCUGCUGCAGAUAGAGAUCACAGAGUGCAGCUCCCAGCAGAUCCGAGGUCUGCCGUCUCUCAGGUCCAGCCUGGCGACCCUGAGCCUCCACCGCUCCACCGACUCCAUGAUGGCGGUCCUGGUCCCGGAGGCGAGUGAGUUCCCUCAGUGGGAGGCGGAGGGGGCGGAGCCUGUGUGUGCCGUCACUGCAGUGAUUCCAGUGUGGAGGAGCCUGACCACGCUGGACCUGAGCCGCAACCACAUCAGCACCAUCGACAGCUCAGUGAGAGUGAUUCCUCAGGUGGAGUUUCUGGACCUCAGCCACAACCAGCUCACCUCUGUGGAGAACCUGCAGUACCUGUACAACCUGGUCCACGUGGAUCUGUCCUAUAACGGGCUGAAGGUUCUGGAGGCGGCUCACACUCGCCUGGGAAACAUCAAGACUCUCAGCCUGGCCGGCAACCAGCUGGAGCGCCUGGCCGGCCUCUCCAAGCUCUACUCCCUCGUCAACCUGGACCUCAGCCACAACCUGCUGGCCCAGCUGGAGGAGAUCAGGAGCAUCGGCUCUCUGCCCUGCCUAGAGAAGCUCAGCCUGUCCAACAAUCCCAUGUGCAUCAUCCCAGACUACAGGACCAAGGUGCUGGCCCAGUUCUGGGACCGAGCCGCAGAGGUGUGUCUGGACGGUCAGGUGACCACAGAGAAGGAGCUGGACACGGUGGAGGUGCUCAAAGCCAUUCAGAAAGCCAAAGAAGCCAAAGACCGCAUGAGCAGCAGCGACAAGAAGAUCAGUGAGGAGACCAGGCCGUCUGCCGCUGCGCCUCCUCACGUCUCCUCCUCUUCCUCCUCCUCCUCCUCCUCCUGCUGCUCUGCUGCUGUCGCUCCUCCUGCUGUCACCUCCUCCUCCUCCUCUUCCUCCUCCUGUCCGGCCCCGCAGGCUGCCUGCCCCAGCCAAGAAGUAAAGAGCAGAGAAGAAGCCGUCGUCUCCCCCCGCAUUCUCCCCCCUGUGGACUCUGCACCCCCCCCAGCAAGCUUCACCUCCAGCCUCCCGUCUGCCGAGCUCAUCCAGGUCCACAUCCAGAGCCCUGCUGUCUGUCUGUCUCCACACACACCCUGUGGACCCCCUGCUGCUGCCUGUCUCUGUCUCUCGUCCAGGUCAUCUGAAAGCGGCAGCUGCUGCUGCUGUAGCGCCCCCUGCUGGCCGCUGCUGCCCUCCCAGCUCCUCUCUCUCUCCUCUGACACACACUUCUCUGCCCGGCUCGCCCAGCGCCUCGCCGCCGCCCUGAGGGAGCAGCAGCAGAAGAAGAAGCAGAGAGAGGAGGAGCAGCAGGAGGAGGAGGAGGAGGGGAGGAGGAGGGAGUCCACAGAGGUUCAGUCUCAGGUGGAGAGCACAGAGGAGGGCAGUCCCAGCCCCGGCUCCAGGGACGGCUACUUCGAGAUGGGCCUGGAUGACUCUGUGGAGGAGGUGCAGCUCUCCUCCUCCUCUUCCUCGCUGCCUCCUCCUCCUGCAGAGGAGCCUGGCCAGCAGCAGGAGGAGGAGGAGCAGGAGGAGCAGGAGGAGCUGCAGGUGAACAGGGUCCUGUGGUGCUACUGCCUUCAGGUGGACGAGCAGGUGGAGCAGAAGGGGGCGUGUCUGGUUCUGACGGACAGGCUGCUGGGCCUGUUGUUCUUAUCAGCUGACCUCACCACGGCCAAUCAGCACGCAGACCCGGAGCUCGGCCCGGCUGCGGAGGAGGUGCUGUCCCGCCUGCAGAUGGACCUCCUGCUGCCCUACUCCCUUCUCCUCCUCCCGGCCUCCUCCCAGGCCCGGCUGCCCGACUCCUGCCUCGCUCUGGGCCUCCGCUCCGCCGCCACCCGCUGGUUCCUGUUCUCCGACCCGCAGCAGCUGCAGGACGCCAGGAGCGAGCUGACAGCGCUGCUGCAGCCAUGUGACCAGCCUGCAGAGCCUCCGGUCGGCCCGCAGCCUCCUCAGCUCCUCCUGCGCUCGCUGCUCAGCUCCUGGGAGCUGGAGGAGAGCCAGGGAGCACAGGGAGGCUUCCCUGCCCUGCUCCUCCCCACCUCCUCCCCCUCCAAGCCCCUGGACCCCCUGCUGGCUGACAUCCUGUCCCAGGAGGAGCCUGGCCUCCCCUCCCUCCUCUUCCUCACCCACAGGCAGCUCUGGGUGCUGAAGGUGGACUUUGCAGCUCUGGCAGAGAGAGGCAGCACGGACCUUCACCUCUCCUCCUCCUCCUCCUCCUCCUCCUCCUCCUCCUCCUCCUGGUGCAGGCUUCUCCGGGUGCCCCUGGGCUCAGUUGUGCUCCACCCCCGACAGGGAGCUGCUCAGGUGGGGGACAGAGGCAGCAGCAGCCCCUGUCCCGACCCGGGACACCAGCGCAGGCUGAGCCACACGGUGGAGCUGCUGCUGGCCGGGCGGAGGCUGCUGCUGCUGUUCCCUCUGUCCCGGGACAGGCUGUCCUUCCUGGGGGAGCUGAGUGAGCGCAGGGCGUGUCUGGAGGGGCUGCGGAGCCUCGCCCUGCCCCAGACCUGCCGGCCCUGCCCCGUCCAAGGACACCACACGCAAGGUCAGCACAGAUCCAGAGAGCAGUGCUGCUGUCCCUCCAUCAGCACCAGCGACAGGAAGACACUCGGCUCCAGCAGCUCCUCUCUGCUGGAGGACAGCCGGCCGUCGCCCCACCUCUCCCCCGGCCUCUCCCCAGGACUCAGGCUGCUCGCCGGGCUGGGAGAGCAGCAGCUGCUGGCCUACUUCCACAGAUACAUAGCACUGUCGGAGUCGGAGGAGGUGCGACAGGUCUUGUGGCUGUCUGUGGUUCUCUAUAAAUCGCCGGAGGCCGAGCUCACUUCCUGUCUGCUGCUCUCCACUGACACCAUCUACUUCCUGCUGGAAGACUCCGCCUCCUCGCUCAGCCGCCACUCAGUGUGGGACGUACCUGACCCCGGGGACCCAGAGGUGUGUCUGUGCUGCUGUCUGUCCAUCAGACUGUCCGACCUCCUGUCCGUCAACGUGGGGCUGUUUGACCAGUACUUCCGGGUCGUAGGUCGCUCGGCCGAUCAGAUCGUGUGCUGCCUCAGCAGAGACAGCUACGGGACGGGGGUUUUCCUGCAGGAGCUGAUGGCAGCUCUGAGUCUGCAGCAGCAGCUUCCCCCUCCUGAGCCGUCUGAGCAGGACUUCUACUCCCAGUUCACCAACACACACACCGGUAAGAUGCAGAACUACGAGCUGGUGCACAGCAGCAGGGUGAAGUUUAUUUACCCCAGCGAGGAGGAGAUGGGAGACCUGACCUUCAUCGUGGCAGAGAGGAAGACUGCGGGCAGCGCGGCCUCCUCCUGCUCCUCCUCCUCCUCCUCCUCCUCACGCUCCUUCAACAUCCUGCUCUACCUGCUGGUCUUCCAGGUCCAGAUCCCCGGUAGCCAGGCCAACUCAGGCCCCGCCUCCUCUCUCUCUGGCCCCGCCCCCUCUCCGAUGCUGCAGCCCAGGACUCUGAUCCUGACCGGUACCGACGUGUUCCUAUUGGACGAGGACUACAUCAGUUACCCGCUGCCGGACUUCGCCAAGGAGCCCCCCUCCAGGGAGCGGUACCAGCUGCGAGAGUCUCGGCGGAUCCGGGACCUGGAUCGGGUCCUGCUGGGCUACCAGACGUACCCUCAGGCCCUGACGCUGGUGUUCGACGACCUGCCGGGCCCCGACCUGCUCUGCCACCUCACCAUGGACCACUUCACCGCCGCCGAGGGCGCCCCGCCCAGGGGGGGCAGGGCCGGAGGGGCCGGGGCGGCGGGCGGGGGCGUGGAGGGCGAGGUGCAGUGGUGCAUCUUCGUCCCCGGGGCCGACAGCAGGGAGCGGCUCAUCUCGCUGCUCGCUCGCCAGUGGGAGGCGCUCUGCAGCCGGGAGCUUCCUGUGGAGCUCACCGGCUGAUUGGCCGACAGGACCCGCGUGGCGCUCGGUCGGCCGGCGAGGGAUGACCGUCUGACCGACAGGCCGAUUCAGCACCUGAUUGGCUGUUUGACUCACAGGGUUUUUCCUUACAAACUGGCGGGAAUUUGGCUCCGCCCACACACCAUCCGGUGUCCCCAGCACAAUUAAACUGAGGGUCAGUAGGACCCAGAGGACGCCACGCUGCAGCAGCAACAAGUGACAUCACACAGAGGCGGUCACUGAUUGGAGGAUUUUCUUAUUGCUUUGCUUUCGGGGGUUUCAAACUUUUUCAUUUCCUGGAUCCUCCAGUUGACUUUGAUAAACUGCAGAUGAUUUUUUAACGAGCAUUUCAACAAAAAGUCUGAUCCAGCAUCACUGAUCUGAUAUUUAAAAAUAUCAUUUCAGUUAGUUAGAAAUAUAAGUUUUUUCUAUUUUUUUCUUUGCAAUUUUCUGGUACUUUUCUUGUAAUUUUUUUUUAUUCACUUGAUUUCUACCAACAACAGGGAAAUAGGCAGUUUUUUUUAAAAAAUGUAUUAUAUAAUUAUUUAAAAAUUAUUAUAUAUUAUACCAGAAAAAACUAUCAGCUCAAUAUUUUAAAAAGUGACAAACGAACUGUAUUAUUUCCAAAGACUGAAGUGGGAUCAGGAUGCUGGAGCAGAUUUCUUGUGUUGAAAAGCCUCAGACGUCUUUCACACUCUGAGGGCCCUCAAGGACCCCUGGGGGGCCCCGCACCCCACUUUGAAACCCCGUGUUUUGAAAUGGGACAGACAGACAGACAGGCAGACAGACAGACAGGCUUUUGGUCAGCAGGGGGCGCUGCAGACAGUCCACAGGACUCAGAUCUAUUUAAUUCGGAUUUUUGGCUUCUUAAAUGCAAUAGAGCUCGUCACCUUAACACACACACACACACACACACACACACACACACACACACACACACACACACACACACACACACACAGAGCGCUGCCAGGCACAAUCUGCUCUCUGUUUACUUCUUACACACACACACACACACACACACACACACAGAGCAGUAUUAUUGGACUGUUGGAUGUAGAUGCUGCUCAUUAAUGCUGUGUAAAUAUUAAUAUUAAUAUCAUUAUUAUUAUUGUUAAUAAUAAUAAUUUUUUUGGACAAAAGGAUGUCUCUCCAUCCUGAAGCAGAUUUUGUAUUAAAUAUGAGAAUCUUGAUGAUGCUAUUUUCCACCCUGAACUUCAAAUGUCAUACUGGUAUUAUGAACAUGUAUUAUUUUUUAUAUUUCAUUUGUGUCUAAUGUUAUUGUAUUUUACGUUUUUUCAUAAAAUAUUGUUGACCAAUGGGAAGCCGACCACUGUCGGACACAUUUUACCAUUUGUUGUUUACAUGUUGUUGUGUCAAAGGGGAAGGAAGCAGACGUGGACGCUGAAACGCUGAGUCAGCGUCUGCAGCUGGCAGGACGUCCCGCGUGCAGACGGAGACACGAGGGAGCUCCUGCUCAUCAGAGAUUUUUCAAACCAAUAAAGGAUGAAGUGGAAUCA